AAAAGAAUGAUGAAAAUAAAAACAUUCAUCAGAAAGUGGCUUAAAAUUAUGUACGUUGGCAGAAGAAUGGUGGCAACUGCACCUCAAGAGUAAAAUGUUCUUAGAAAUAAGCUUCAAAUCUUGUGUCACUGUCUGUCAGUUUUGACUUCGGUUAAUCUGCAUAGGUAACUUUGAACUAGAAAUUGAAGCUUUCUGUAACAGACAAAAGCAAAAUAUUAGAUGCUCAUCUGAUUAAAAUGGUUCUCAAUUAUUUGGUUAUAAAAGGCCUGACUGAUUUAUUUGAAACCGCUAACGGUCUUGACUUCACUGUCGGUAUUGCAUACACUUGACCACAACGCAACGGCAACUGUCUUAAAACCCACGCAACGGCCAGUGUCUUAAAACCCACGCCAAUUGCAUCACCUCUAACUUUAUUUAUGCUUGUUCCUUCGUUCUCACAGACUUCUGUUCUCUCUCUCUCUCUAUGGCUUUUUUCACCUAUUCCCUUUAUUACGCAAUCCCUUACUGUUGUUUCAUCUUUCUGUUAAAUCUUAUCCCCAUUCGCGCCCACAAUAUUCCUUCAACUUUGGACGGACCGUUCACACCCGUCACCGUACCAUAUGAUACCAGUUUACGCGGCAAAGCUGUUGAUAUUCCAGACACCGAUCCUAGGGUAUGCCGCCGUGUCAAAGGUUUCCAGCCCGAGCAAAUAUCACUCUCACUAUCCACUAGUUUUGAUUCUGUUUGGAUCUCCUGGAUCACAGGGGAAUUCCAAAUUGGGGACAGAAUAAAGCCGUUAGACCCAAAAACAGUGUCCAGCGUUGUUCGCUAUGGAAGAUUAAGAAAACCAUUGAGUCAUAAAGCGACAGGAUAUUCUCUUGUUUAUAAUCAGCUUUAUCCAUUUGAAGGCCUGAAAAACUAUACUUCUGGAAUUAUUCACCAUGUCCGACUUACAGGGUUGAAACCCAGCACACGAUACUAUUAUCGGUGUGGAGAUCCUUCUAUAUCAGCCAUGAGUGAGAUAUUCUAUUUCACAACUAUGCCAGUUUCUAGUCCACUGAACUAUCUGAAGAGAAUAGCAAUAGUGGGAGAUCUUGGUCUUACUUACAAUACAUCAACCACAAUCAGUCAUUUGAUUAGUAAUCAACCUGAUCUUCUGCUAUUGGUUGGUGAUGUCACUUAUGCAAACUUAUACCUCACAAAUGGAACUGGCUCUGACUGCUACUCUUGCUCAUUUUCACAAACUCCUAUACACGAGACCUAUCAGCCUCGUUGGGAUUAUUGGGGAAGGUUUAUGCAGAAUUUAGUUUCUAAAAUACCAAUAAUGGUUGUUGAAGGGAACCAUGAGAUAGAAGAACAAGCUGGAAACAAGACAUUUGCAGCUUACAGUUCUAGAUUUGCCUUUCCUUCAGAAGAGAGUGGAUCUUCAUCCCCAUUCUACUACUCUUUCAAUGCUGGGGGGAUUCAUUUUAUAAUGCUUGGAGCCUACAUUGCGUAUAAUAAAUCCAGUGAUCAAUACAAAUGGCUAGAGAGAGACUUAGCAAAUUUUGACAGAUCUAUAACUCCUUGGCUAGUAGCUGCUUGGCAUCCCCCGUGGUACAGUUCUUACGUAGCUCAUUACAGAGAAGCAGAGUGUAUGAGAGUGGAGAUGGAAGAAUUACUCUACUCUUGUGGUGUUGACAUUGUUUUCAAUGGACAUGUUCAUGCUUAUGAGAGGUCAAAUAGAGUUUAUAAUUAUACAUUAGAUUCUUGUGGUCCUGUAUAUAUCACAAUCGGUGAUGGUGGUAACCGCGAAAAGAUGGCUAUUAAACAUGCUGAUGAACCUGGUGAGUGUCCAGAGCCAUCAACAACUCCUGAUACAUAUAUGGGUGGCAUCUGUGCAACAAACUUUACACAUGGUCCAGCUGUGGGUAAUUUCUGUUGGGAUCAGCAACCUAAUUAUAGUGCCUUCAGAGAGAGUAGUUUUGGGCAUGGGAUUCUAGAGGUAAAGAAUGAGACGUGGGCACUGUGGACAUGGUAUCGAAAUCAGGACUACAAUGAAGUUGGGGAUCAAAUUUACAUUGUCAGGCAACCUGAUAAGUGCCCUGUUCAUUAUACCCUACCUAAACCUAAACAUUGGUUUGCAUCAAGCUAAACUCCAUUCCUGGUAAACUCUCUCGUCUUUUCCUUCAAGGGAGCAUUACAAUCACCUCUGAUGAAAUUUUUAACCAAGUUGAGUGAUGGAGGAAUCAGUAAUUAUUGAUCAUAAAAAGUUGCAAGGGAGCUUUUCCGGAAAACUUAUGGUUAAGUGGAAAGAGUUGUCGAUGGCCAUUGUUUUACAUAAAGUGCCAAUCUUACGAACUUGUCAAAUUUCAUGGCAGUAUGAUAUGAAGAGUUGAAGACGAGAAGGAAGAGAAAUAAUUUGCAUAGGCUCAUCGUAAUGAGGUAUUUCACUAUCAUUGAUACAUAAUCUCACAACAUGAUGCUCUUCUGAGCAACAAAAGCAUUUGUAAGUUCCCACUUCCUUUUCUUGAAGUAGAAUUAAUUCAUUUAGUUAUGGUUGAAAUUGGUUGUGAGGAUUGAGCUAGAGCAUUUGCCUGUCCUCCAACAGCCAGUUAUGUGUACUAAUUAAGUGUUUUCUUUUCUAUCAACAGCAACCAAUAAUCACUUAUAACAAUAUUCACAUAUCAUAUUUUUUAAUAAAAAUCGGAUUGAAGAUUAAUUUGGUAUUAGUUUGGUGUGUGUUGUUUCUGUUUUGGGCAUGUUGGCUGGAAAAAAUUAGGUUGUUAAGCUUUGUAAUUAGAUUAGGUAUGUGGGUUCCUCGAGGACAAUAUUUGGGUUGACAGGUGUAGAUAAACAUCAUUAUUAAUUUACCUAUUCCUCAUCAUUCAAGCA